CCCCAGAUACAGGCAGGCACCAACAACAUUUUCUCGCCUGCCCGCACAUCAGAAAACGCGAACCGUCUCGUGGCGCUCGACGGAAUCGGAAUCCUCCAGAUUACUCCCGUGCUCCGGUCGUCUUAUCGACCCUGCGAGCGCCGCGACGUGCAGCUCCCUCUCACCGGACUCGCUAGCCCCGACCUCCAUCCAUGUCAGAGGCGCGCCGGAGAGCAUGAAGAAGUCCGCGACGGGUCUGGAACUCGUGAUCGUCCCCGAGCUCGUCGACGAGAAUCGGACGGAUCACAUCGACGAUGCCAUCUCCGCCCUCUACAACGAACGCAACUGGUCCCUUCUUCAACUGCGGAAAAUCUGCCGGACGAAAAGCGGGCUCGAGACCCUCUACCAAAAAUACCAGAUCCGGCUCAGGCAUUCCUACUUCAUCGUGUACCUCUUCAUUCAAGCCCUGCUCAGCGCCCUCACGAUCACGGUGGAAUGCGCCGCCCAUUCCAUGGAGGACGUCAUGGACAUCGUCCUCACCCACGGGAUCGUCCUCACCGUCUGCUUCGCCCUCCUCAUCGUCAUCUACGACGAGAAGUUCUUCCUUCAGUCCCCGCCGUCCGGACCCAAUCUCUACGAAGACCGGCUGCGAUCGACUUGGGUCCCGAAAGCCAGCACCGUCGUCGUUUUCGUUCCCCUGCUCGCCAUGCAGAUCAUAACGGCCAUUAAAUAUGCGAACGACGGGGAGUUCACGACUCAUUGGGAUUCCAGUUUCUACUUGGUGCUGGUCUGCUACAUCUUCUUCCCGCUGAAGAUGUCCGUGAACGCGGUGCUCGCCCUCCUCGUCUCGCUCGUGCCGGUGGUCACGUCCAUCUACGUGGAGGCAUCGAACGAGUCGGGAGGCAAGGCCAGGCGGGUGAUAGCAGAUGCCCUCGUGAUCGUGGCGGGAAAUGGCGUCGGUUUGUAUUUCUGCUUUAUGACCGAGAUAGCGUUUCGACGAUCCUUCCUGGACAAGAGAGCCUCCAUCGUGGCCAAAUGCAAGAGGGAAUACGAGGAAAAGACAGAAGAACACCUGCUCUCGAGCAUCAUCCCCGAGACGAUGGUGAAGGAACUGCGGAAGAGUCUGCGAGAGGCCGUUCUCAUGAGGGAGAGGAACAAAGACUACUCCAUCCUCCCCAUCCUCCCCAGUCUCUCGAUGAAACCUUUCGCGAACGUGUUCGCGCAGUACCACGAGAACGUGAGCAUCCUCUACGCGGACAUCGUCAACUUCACACCGCUCACCGCGUCCAUGAACGAGGAGGAUCUCGUGAGGCUUCUCAACGAUCUCUUCGGGAAAUUCGACGAGGCCGUCAAGGAAUUCAAUUGCCUUCGGAUCAAACUCCUCGGGGAUUGCUACUAUUGCGUGUCGGGGAUCCCCGAGAGCACGGACAAGCACGCGUGGAACUGCGUGAACGCGGGCAUGAAAAUGAUCGCUGUCAUCAGGGAAGUCAGGCAGAAAUGGGACGGAAUCGACGUGGACAUGAGGAUCGGCAUCCACAGCGGAAGCGUCUACAGCUGCAUCCUUGGAAUCUCCAAGUGGCAAUUCGACAUCUGGUCGACUGAUGCAAAAAUCGCCAACCAUUUGGAACAGGCCGGACGACCCGGCUGCGUCCACAUCAGCCGAGCCACCCAGAGGGCGCUGGGGAAGAACCACGGCUUCUACUUCGAGACGGGGAGGAAGGACAGCUACCUGAAGGAGAAGGGCGUCCAGACCUUCUUCAUUCCGCUGUCUCAGAACAGAUUCAUCACGUUGGAGGAGAGGUUCGCCAUACAGAAGGAAUCGACGAAACGUCUUUCUCUCCAGACUCCGCAGUGGCUGAAGCCGGAGGGGAUUCAACCCUAUUUCGUGACGUUCAGGGACCUCAAGUUGGAGUGGGAUUUCAUCAGACAGCCCGACAUGCUGAUCAAGUACCCCGUCUUGGCCGCCACGAUCCUCAUCUUCCUCCUCGGCAUCAUCGUCCUCAUCUCCCAGACCAAAAAGACGGAAGUGAUGACGACGUGGGGCGUGACUCUCCUGAUCAUGCUCGCCAUCACCUUCUGGGCCUGGAUCGGCUCCAUCCAUGCAAAGUGGCAGAGGCGGAAGAAUUCCGGGGAACGGCAGGAGUCGUCAACGUGGAAGAAGAUGGAGAAGGUGCCGCGGCGUCUCGUCGUUUCGCCGCGGAUCCGAAUCGCGCUUUUUCUCGUCUCUGCCGCGAGUGCCAUCUUGGUCGCGACCAUCUCCCUCGUCGAUGAGUGCCCGGUGAUAGCGGACAGCGUGAAAUGCUCAUACAGAAGGUCCCUGACUCAGGAGUUCGCACUGGUGCUGAGCACGAUCUUCAUCUUCUACCGCAUGCAUUUCCUACUGAAGCUGGGCGGCAUGGUGGUCACGCUCUGCAUCUACGGCAUCCUCGGACAGAAGUUCUUCUUCGACGGACUCCGCUGGGACGCGGAGACGAGGACUCGCCUCCUCCCGCAGCUCCACUAUCUCUUCGUCAUCUUCCUCUUCUUCCACUUCAUCGACCGACAAAGUGAAUAUUUAUUCAAGUUGGACUACAAGUGGGAGAAAAGCCUCGAAGAGGAGCAGAAGGAAGCGAAGUUGACGCGGAGUGUGAACCGAUCUCUGAUUUUCAACAUCCUACCAUCGCAUUUGGCCGAGAGAUACCUGAACCCCGAGCACGAGGACGAGCUCUACCACGAGAGAUACAGCUCCGCCGCGGUCAUGUUCGCGACGAUCCUCGACUUCUCGUCGGAGGAGGAGGUGGACUCGGCCGGGAAGCGAGAGGAGCCCUGGACCGCCCACCCGCCGGGGGCCGAAAUGAAGAACGCGCUCACCUUCCUCAACAGCAUCAUCAGCGACUUCGACGAGGUUCGUUCUUCAUGUGAAGAUGAGGAAUGCAUUCGGAUCCUCUUGCUGCGACUCUCUACUACUUGGCCUCAAGCUAACCCAUACGUUAAGGCGUCGGAGCCGCGAUACCGUCUGGAAAAUGUCUUAUGCUUUUCUUCCCUCCCGAUUCCCGCGCAGCUCCUGUUCUCUCCUUUCAAGAAAGUGCAGAAGAUCAAGUUGAUCGGGACGACGUACAUGGCAGCCGUGGGGCUGGAGCCGGGCAAAGAAAGACCGGUGGAUCCGGACAUGUACGACGUUGAUCCCGCAGCGGCCGCCCUCAACAGCUCCACCAUGGUCGCCUUCGCCGUCACCCUCAUCGACCGCCUCCAGCAGUUCAACCGAGACGGCAACCAAAAUCUCAGCCUUCGGAUCGGUAACCGAAAGAGGGCGAUCGAGGUGAGGGCGACGAACGAUCGAUGGGUUGACGAUGAUGUUUUUGCAGGGAUCGCGUGCGGCCCCCUCGUAGCGGGGGUGGUCGGAGCGGAGAAGCCCCUCUACGACAUCUGGGGGGACACGGUGAACAUGGCUUCCAGGCUGGAAUCCACCGGAGAACGAUGGAAGAUCCACAUCAUGGAAGACGUGAACAAUUACCUCCGACAACAGGACAUCGGCUGUGUCUACCGAGGCCUGACCAAGAUCAAGGGGAAGGGCCACCCCCUCCCCACGUACUUCGUGGACCUCGACAGGUUCAGGAAAAAGGGACCGGCACCGAUCGACACCGACGACCUGGACGACUCGGGUUCCUCCGGCCAUCUCCCCGUGGAUAUCAAAGACAGCAUCGCAAAGUAUCUUCACCAGACGUCGCUCGAUAUGAACAGCCUGUACGAAAUCUUUGAUCCGGAUGGUAAUAACGUCGUCAAUCAUGAACAUCCUAGUCGUGAUGGAUAG